AUGCUAAUUGAGAGAAUUCUAUGUAGAUAAAGUUGUUAAAUCUCCUAGUCAAAUUAAAGGUAUUUAUACUGUAACUUAAAAUAAAACAAAUAUUAAACUUUUAACAAAUAAAAAUUUGAAAAUAUCUCAUCAAAUUAAAUUAAAUUGUAACUGGGAGAAAAAAUUACCUAUCAAAUUAUAUUGAAAGUUGUUUAAAAACCAUAAGUUAUAAAUUGGUGGCUGAGAAGUUGGAAAUGA